AUGUCGUCGAUAGAGAUUCACGAUUCUCAGACGUCGGGAGGCGCUGCAAGUGGUCCAAGCACACAGCCACCAUCUUUAGAACCCCGACCAAGGACCGAUUCCAUCCCUCCGUCUACCACCGCCAUCAAUAUGCCUCAAUAUACUUCCCGAGACGUCGGCGACCCGUCGCAAAUCAAGAAGAACAAACAGUCAAUGGCCGACCUUAAAUUGCGACGAUUGACUGAGCUUAACAGUAGGCUACGGGAGGACUUGGAGCGAGAACGAAUUCCCGUGUCGCAGGCAUCCAGGAGCAUCAUCGCGUAUUGCAACAGCACGAGAGAUUACAUGGUCCCGUCGGUAUGGGGAUCCGUCCCUAAGGGAGAGGAUCCAUACGCGCCUCCUCAGAGUGGUGGGUGCUGUGUGGUCAUGUAG